AUGCCUUUGGAUUUUCAUAAUCAUGAUAAGAUCAACUUUUAUAUCAAUAACAAAAGAGACUCUAUCGUUUCUACUAAAGAUUUAAUUUUUAGAUGCGUUAAAGAUGAUCGAACUUCAUGUGUCACCGCGAUCAUGCCUAACAAACGUAAUAUGAUAUAUAAUUUAUCUUUUAGAAAUCUAUCUCAGAACAAAAAUGAGGCCACUCAACUUCCACCUCAGAAUAAAAGCGAAACAGCUCCACCUCCAUCUCAGAAUAAAAACGAAACAGCUCAACUUCCAUCUCAGAAUAAAAACGAAACAACUCAAAAUCCAUCUCAGAAUAAAAAUAAAACAGAUCAAUAUCCACCUCAGAACAAAAAUAAACCAACGCAAAAUCCACCUCAGAACAAAAACGAAACAAUUCAACUUCCACCUCAGAAUAAAAACGAAACAACUCAUCAAAAUAAAAAUAAAACAGCUCAAAAUCCAUCUCAAAAUAAAAAUCAAAAUCCAUCUCAGAAUAAAAACGAAACUACUCAAAAUCCACCUCAGAAUAAAAACGAAACAACUCAAAAUCAACCCCAGAAUAAAAAUAAAACAGCUCAAAAUCCACCUCAGAAUAAAAACAAAACAACUCAAAAUCCACCUCAGAAUAAAAAUAAAACAUCUCAAAAUUCACCUCAGAAUAAAAACAAAACAACUCAACUUCCACCUCAGAAUAAAAACGAAACAACUCAAAAUCCACCCCAGAAUAAAAACGAAACUCAACUUCCACUUCAAAAUAAAACAGUUCCGCAUCCACCUCAGAAUCAAAACGGAACAACCCAAAAUCCGCCCAAAAAUAAAAACAAAUCCCAACUUCCACCUCAGAAUAAAAACGAAACAGCCUCACCUCCACCUCAAAAUAGAAACGAAACCCAACUUCUACCUCAAAAUAAAAACGAAAAAACUCAACUUCCACCUCAGAAUAAAAACGAAACUCAACUUCCACCUCAAAAUAAGAACGAAACAACCUCACCUCCACCUCAAAAUAAAAACGAAACGCAACUUCCCCCUCUGAAUAAAAACGAAACAACUAAGCUUCCAUCUCAAAAUAAAGACGAAACUGCCCCACCUCCACCUCAAAAUAAAAAUGAUACAGUUCCGCCUCCAUCUCAGAAUAAAAACGAACCCCAUAACUUUCCGAUGAACAAGAAUGAUUCAUUCCGUAAACAAAAUGCGAUAGAUGCGGUUGCUUUAGAGGAAAUUUUUAAAUCUUUAACUGCGAGUUCAAGUUGUACUGAGGGCCAGAAUGCUUGUGUUGAAGAUAAAGUUGCUACUUGUGUCGGUGGAAACUUCAUCUUAUCAAAAUGCAUGAACGAAAUGAAGUGUCAUGUGUUGCCACUAGUAAACAAGCCCGGAACUACAGUUGCGUGUGACACUGAUGAGAAUAGAGACGCACGCAUCAAAGACGCUCUCAAGUCAUGA